CCACUGCCUAAACUCGUAAAUUCGGGUUGGACAUGCGUUCCGCCUUCGCGACGUUAUACGUUUCAAAGUACAAGUGCCACUCGUAUGCGUAUAUAAGCACCUCUAAAGCUCUCGGCACCGCAUUGUGUUUUCCCCCGACCUCAGCUCGACAUUCACCCAGGUCUUCCCCCCGACUUCGCUUCCAUCCGCAUCUCGACGCCUACCCAGUACCCGCAAGCGCGCAUAGCAGAUUGACGGUGACAGUUGAAUGCCACAAAUUCUAUACCAACUGCCGAGACCUGCGCCUCCCCUUGGUCCCACCAUCGGUGAAGAAGUACGCAUGGCUGACCACUGGGACGACCCUGCGCUGCUUCGGGCUUUUCUGCUCCGCCAGCCGGAGCCAACGGAGGUGAUGGAGAUUGAUCGCGUUCGUGCACGCUUCAGAUGCGUCCGCGCCCGCAUCCGCGACCUAAACACCCUCCGCGAUAGUCUCCUGCCCCGCCAGAGCGCCGCGGUCGACGGCGAGCUGGGGAAGGCGAUGCUCAUGCGCAAGAUGCUGUCGUGGAGGAUGUUCCGCUUCGCCGAGCUCCCCGCGGAGCUCCUCGCCGAGAUAUUCCGCUACGUCGUGCUGAGCAUCAACGUUAUGCAAGGCGAGCCCCUUCAGAAGCUCCGUCUCACCUGGGUUUGCAGGCAGUUCCGCGAGGUCGCCCUCUCGGAUGCGUUGUUGUGGGGCAGGAUCGCGUUCACCGACCCCUCUCCGUGGACCCGAUCCCUCACGUUCUUUCAGAGGGCCGGAGACGCCCCCCUCGACCUUUGCGUCAGCGACAUGGCCUUCCCGCGACUACCCGUGCUCAGUCACCAGCAGAUCGUGUAUCUCGCGGAGAUCUUCAAGACGAAGGUGCACAACAUCCGGUCCCUGAUCUGCUCUUUGAAGGACUGGCUGGGCCCGUGGUUCGCGAUGGAGGGGGGCGUGAACAAGCUGCAACUCCUGCAGCUCGAUCGCGGCUGGGAGCCGUACCUCUGGAGCACCAACCAGUUCAACAACGUGGAGAGCCGGCAGCCGCUCGCCCUCUUCGGCGGGCACACGCCGAACCUGAAGAGCCUCACCUUGAACGGGAUCAGCGUCGACUGGGACACGAUCAGCACCGCGAAACUGCUGACGUUGGACAUCCGCCGCCUCGUGCGCGACGUCUCCCCGACCGCCCAGCACUCUACCUCCACUCGUCGUCCCCAGUUCGAGGGACAGCAGGCCCACGACCCGAUCUUCGUGCCGAACCUGCGCGAGCUGCGGCUCGGCGACGCGAACUGCCAGUCCGCGAUCAACAUCCUGGAGUGCAUCCACGCGCCCGAACUGAAGGGCCGCUUCCCGAAGACGCAGGUGCUCACCAUCGCGGCCGUCCAGAUCGAGAACAACGCGGCCGCGAAGGAACACAUCACUGCCUGGUUCGACGCGAUGCCCCGCCUGCGCGUGCUCAGGACGGAGAGCUUGCCCACGCCGAUAUUGUUCAAGUACCUCCUCGGGGACCCUGGGCGGCUGGUCCCUAUGGACCUGGCGGAUAUAGACAGGGUGAACUGCCUGGACCUGGCCUCCUUCGUGAAGGCGAGGGACGGACACCAUGUUCCGCUAUCUGUGGUCACGGUCCCCGAGCCGAAGUGGAAGCAGUGGACCGCUGAGCAGCGGGCCUUGCUGGCGUUCCUCGGCGAUCGGCUGCAGCUCCUCCCCAACUACCCGCACCACAUCGUCGCGAGGAGGCCGCCAUCCGUGCGGAACUGGACGCGGCCGUAGGCCUCCGUCUCGGAGGAACGCUGGCGAAUUAGAUGUCUUGUGCUUGAGAACAACGACACGGUAUCCAUACGCCUGGGGCGUCUCCGUUAAAUGAUGAUGAUCAACGCUCCUUAAUGUGAUGUAUCGGAUGCAUGCACCGCUCCUUUGUCCAUUUGUCUUGUUACUACUACUCACUGUAUUUGGUUGCCAGACUCGUCUCUGCUGUAUCUUUCAUCAUGAAGUUCUCAUCGCUACUAUCCCACGUAACACACUCCUUGCCACCUAACUCACUUGUAUCGUAAACUUCAGUAAUAUUAUACCGUGUACUUAGGACCUACCGAGUGACAUCGAAUAAUGGCACAGUCGGGUUAUACUAGCGUCCUGCCAACUUCCAAGACUCCAAGUGGGCCAGUUCGGUUGCAAGCGUUCGAAUGGCGCC